GUGCUGUUUAGUUACUGUGUAGUUAUUGGGUUGUUGGCAAUUGUCCACACUCCACAAAGUCCACAAAUCAAAAAUCCUGAUUCCUGAUUUCAUUGUUUUACGGUCACGAAAGAAAACGAAAGAAUGUCGAGUAAAAUGUUCACGUGCCCGUAUAAUCCAGUUCACGUGAUGAAAAUCACAAGAGCACAUCAUCAUAUUGUCAAUUGUCGAAAAGCACAUGCUCACAAAAAAUUUAUCAUUUGCUCCUACAAUGCCCUCCAUCAUUAUGCUCCUGAAGAUGAAGCUAAACAUCUAGAAACCUGUUCUGACAGAAUUGCUUUGAUUGAUGCGGCACAUGUUGCCUAUGGAAUGAAAUCUGUUGUCACAGGCAACUUAACCAUGCCUCCUCCUGCUCAGAUUCAGUUUGAUGACGAUGAUAAUUGGGACAGUGAUUGAUCACUUCUUUAUUGCUAAAAGAAUUCCUUUUGUUUUCAGUUGGUGUUUGGUAAUAAUUGUGUCAUAAAAUAAUGUGUUCCUUAAGGUGACAGAUGUCUCAAAACUCUCAUGAAAGACACUUGCUUUUACUAAGAAUAAAUAAAUCAAGUUGAAGAAAAUACAACAUUUUAUUCAUCUA